UAGCGAGCUUGAACGCGUCAGCGCUGCGGGGAGCGGCGAGUUCAGUCCGGGUCUGAUGCUCCUGAGCUCCGUGCCACUCACUCCUCGCUGCUUCCCAGGGGAACAAAAAUGGAAGGCCUGCCUGAUGCUGCUGAUUUUGCAACUAAACUUAAAAACACUCUCAUCCAGUACCAUAGCAUUGAAGAUGAUAUGUGGCGCGUUGCAAAGAAAACGAGAGAUGUCACAAUUUGGAGAAAACCUUCAGAAGAAUUUAAUGGAUAUCUUUUCAAAGCCCAAGGUGUUAUAGAUGACGUUGUCAGUAGUGUAAUGGAUCAUAUACGUCCAGGUCCCUGUCGCUUGGAUUGGGACAGAUUAAUGACUUCGUUGGACAUCUUGGAGCACUUUGAAGAGAAUUGCUGUGUGAUGCGUUACACCACUGCUGGUCAGCUUUGGAAUAUCAUUUCCCCAAGAGAGUUUGUUGAUUUCUCCUACACUGUGGACUAUAAAGGAGGGCUUUUAUCCUGUGGGGUAAGUCUUGACUGGAGUGAAAAGAGAGCAGAAUUUGUUCGCGGAUAUAACCACCCCUGCGGUUGGUUUUGUGUCCCACUGAAAGACAAUGCAAACCAGAGUCUUUUGACAGGUUAUAUUCAGACGGAUCUGCAUGGGAUGAUUCCUCAGUCGGCAGUAGAUACAGCCAUGGCAAGCACUUUAAUCAACUUCUAUGGUGACUUACGGAAAGCCUUACAAAAGGCAUAAGGUGUUCAAACUUGUAGUACUGUGGUCCCUGAAUCAACUCCUCUCAGCAAAAUGGCCUGUAAAGAUCAUCACCCUUUCCUCUCUUCUUUGUAACCUGUAGACGAAUUUGAGAUGUUUUUGGGUUAUGUUUUUCAUGAUGUAAAUAUCCAAGAGAGAGCAUUGUCAUUUUCUUAAAUAGUUCUAUGCACAUUGUUUGGUAUGACAGUAUAUCUAUGAGUGGAGAGUAUGUAAGUAGAUAACAGUUCUUUGAGCCAAACUCUUAAGAAAAUGAAUAGCUGCUUGGAAAUUAGAGCACAAGCUUCAUGCUGUUAGGUUAAAAUCUAUUUUAGAGCUUUAUGCACAUUUUGUAAAAGUCAUCAUUUUUUUCAUAUUAGUGCUUUACUUUUGGUAUGCUCUAUGAGUUUGCCAAUAUCUUGGAAUAAAGAAAAAACUCUUAUCUAUAUUUUAUAGAAAUUAACCUCUUUGUCAAUUGACUUGUACUACUUUAAGUAUUAAGAUCGGAAAUAGGAAAAAGAUAGAUAUUAUACCUAUAGGUUCAAAUAAAAUGCAAUUCAAUUUUGAUACCUAGAUAGCAUUAUUUUGUAGAUACCUUUAAAAAUAUAGUUGUAUCUUUAUGUACAUUUCUUUUGGGAGUCUUAAAGCAUUUAUACAUAAAUAAAAGUAUAAAAACUGCCAAAUGCGUGCUGGGAACACCUUACUGACUGGACAGUAGUCUGGGUUGUGUGAAAUGGGUGGUGUAUCCUGUAUUUAGCAACAGGGAAUCAUCUCUCUAGAAGAUGAAAUUCAAUUAAUGUUCUGUACAUGUUUCAAUUUUAAAAGUAACACUCAACUCAUAAAGCAUUAACUAACUACUCAUAAACAUUCACAAUUGUGAUGUAACUUUUGUCUGAAACUGUAACAAAUGCAGACAUGUGUCCAAAUGCUACAUGAGUCAUUUUAUAACUAGAAUGGCCUAUAAUAGGCCUGUUGAUUCUAUGGCCACCUUAAAUGAACAUUCCUAUACAAUUUCAACAUUGCAAAUGACUCUUUGGCUUUUGAACUCUCCACCUCGUUUACUUCUGAAAUGAGAACUGGAGGCGACUCAGUGUGUCCAGGCAAGUUUUUUAAUGUAUGUUUGUAUACAUGCACACAUCUUCAAAUCUGUUUUGUUGUUCAAUGUGAGUUCUCUCUGUGUUAUUGUUACUGUUUCAUUUCAUUUUUUGGUUAAUAUGAAGUCACGUGAGCUCUGGAAACGCAUGCCAGAAGGGCCACAAAAGCACAAGAGCGUAUAGGGGUUCAAGUGCAUAGAGGUUUGAUCUGUGUUUUACUUUGUUAUGUUUUCCUGAGUUUAAAAAAAGCAUCAGUCAUGGUUCCUCAGACCUGUUUUGAUAAAGUACAAAAAGUUGAACUAGUUUUGUCUUUAUUUUUAUUGUUUUGCUAUUAGUAAUGAAGUUCAAAAUAAAUAAAUAAAAGGUUGAUGCACUACAAUAUCCAUGGUGAAUAAUCUCAUAGUUUUUAGACGGAAAAUAAUUUGUUUCAUGAUCUGGCAGAAGCAAUGAUGAAAUGGUCUCAU